CCGACCCAAACCUUAAUAAAAGGCUGGAUCAUGAUUCAUGACCCAUAAUGAACCUCCGACUCAUUACACAACGACUUUCUUGCUUCCUUAAUUACUGACGGCGGUGGCGGAGUUCAAGGCGGCGGUGGUGGAAUUCUCGGCGACGGCGGCUGCUGCUGCUGCUUUGGCUUUGAACUCCAAGCAUGAUUAGUUGGACAGAAGAAGAAGAAGAUGGCGAUGUUUGCAGGAAUUCCAGCAGUGCGAAUUGUGUCUGCGUCCUUGAAAGCUUUGGAGCUAAAAAGUUGUUUCGACAUUGGCUUCGAAUCCUUUGAGCACCUCAAACAAGCCCAUGGACGCCUCUUUCGCCUUGGCUUAUGUCAAGAUCGUAACUUUAUCAACUCCCUUUUGGGUUAUUACUCUCAGUUUGGCAAUACCAAGUAUAUAAAACUCUUUUUUUAUGGAUACAAGAAUCCAAAGGUUUCGAUGUUCAAUAACGUGAUUACAGGAUUAGUUUCAAAUGGUUUCGUUGAAGAUUCUAUUCAAUGCUACCACCUUAUGCGUUCAUAUGGCUUAUUGCCUAACAACUACACGUGUCCAUUUAUACUAAAAGCUUGUGCUAGAAUUUCUGAGUAUCAAUUGGGGUUGAAUAUUCACAAUCUUGUUGUAAAAUUGGGUUUUGAGGGGAAUGUUUAUGUCAAUACAAGUUUGCUGUCCAUGUAUGCAAAUUGUGGGAGUAUUUAUGAUGCCCGCAAGGUGUUUGAUAGUAUGCCGGAGAAAAAUGUAGUCUCUUGGACUGCUAUUAUUAGUGGGUAUCUAAAUGAUGGGCAAUUUUAUGAAGCUGUGAGCUUGUUUAGAAGUUUGUUGGAGAACCGUUUGAAACCAGAUGGUUUUACCAUUGUUAGGAUUGUGUGUGCUUGUGCGAAUUUAGGGGAGCUUGAGUUUGGUGAGUGGAUUCACAACUAUGUUUCUUUGAAUGGAAUGGUAAAAGAUAAUGUUCUGAUGACAUCAUUGGUUGACAUGUAUGCCAAGUGUGGAUGUAUGGACAAAGCACAUGGUGUCUUCAAUCAAAUACUCGAAAAGGAUGUGGUUUCUUGGAGUGCUAUGAUCCAAGGGUAUGUUGCAAAUGGUUAUGUAAAUGAAGCAUUAGACAUGUUUUUCGAAAUGGAGAGAGAGAAUAUAAAGCCUGAUAGUACUACCCUGGUUGGCGUUCUAUGUGCUUGUACAAGGCUUGGAGCAAUGAAUUUGGGAGAGCGAGUGAUCAGCUCCUUGAAGAGGGAAGAGUUGAUGGGCAACCUCGUUCUUGGGACAUCCUUAAUCGACAUGUAUGCAAAAUGUGGGAAUUCUAUCUCAGCUUGGAAAGUUUUUAAAGAGAUUAAACAUAGAGAUGUUGCAGUUUGGAAUGCCGCAAUAUCUGGCCUAUCCAUAAAUGGCCAUGUCAAACUUGCAUUUGGUCUAUUUGCCCAGAUGGAGAAACUCGGUUUUCAACCAAAUAGUAACACUUACCUUGGCCUACUUUGUGGAUGUACCCAUGCGGGUCUUGUUGAUGAAGGAUGGAAAUUCUUUAACAGCAUAAAUCAUGUUUAUUCUAUGAGUCCCACCAUCGAACACUAUGGCUGUAUGGUAGAUCUUCUUAGUCGUUCCGGUUUAUUAAACGAAGCUUAUCAUUUCAUUCAUAGCAUGCCUAUGGAACCAAACGUAAUUGUUUGGGGAGCAUUGCUUAGUGGUUGCAGAUUACAUCGGAAUACCCAUUUGGCCGAGCAUGUAUUAGAGCAGUUGAUCCAAUUACAACCUUGGAAUUCCGGAAAUUAUGUUCUUUUGUCAAAUAUUUACUCUGCAAAUAACAAGUAUUUUGAAGCAGAAAAAAUCAGGGUAAGAAUGAAUGAGCAAGGCAUCCAAAAGAUUCCUGGGUACAGUUGGAUUGAAGUGGGUGGUACGGUACAUCAGUUUGUAGCCGGUGACAUUUCACAUCCUCUGUCUGUUAAGAUACAUGCAAAACUAAGUGAAUUGGUCACAGAUGUACGUGCAGCUGGCUACGUACCAGCUACAGAUUUCGCUUUAUUUGAUAUAGAGGUGGAGGAGAAGGAGCAAUUACUUCAGUAUCACAGCGAGAAGUUGGCAAUUGCAUUUGGCUUAAUCAGUACUCCUUCGGAUCAUGUAAUCAGAGUUGUAAAAAACCUUCGUGUCUGUGGUGAUUGCCAUACAGCAAUCAAGAUCAUAUCGAGGAUAACAGGAAGAGAGAUCGUGGUGAGAGACAAUAACCGUUUCCAUAACUUUCUUGAUGGGUCAUGUUCAUGUAACGAUUAUUGGUAAACCCGAAAACAGUUUCAUCACGUUUUUGGUUGUAUGACAUACAAUCCAAUCCAGUGAAGUACGAUGCAGAAUGUCGAUCGGAGCUUGUAGUAAUGCAAUUGAAAUGGAGAAGUGGUGUUGUGUACUAGGGAAGUGUCUAAGGCUGUUCACCCCACCGAGCUUGCUGGUAAUUCUUCAAUAUUACAACAGAUUUUUUCGAACACUAGCAAGGUUUCAACCUGGUGAGAUUGGGUCGACGACCAGAGAUAGAAAGAUGGGAUUCUCCUGCUGCUUCUCAUCAUCCUAACCACAAAAAUCUAACUCCGAGCAUCGCACCAACCGACGAUUGAUGGAGCUACAUCGAGUCCAUUGCUCGGAUAUUCUGUCACAUACGGCCACGAACACUGAAUCUUUGCUUUAUCAGUUUUCGUUUGUACUAGUAGGAUAGGAAAGAAAACUCGAUUCCUUUAAUUGUACUGAAAGUAGAGAAUAAUAUAGCGCAAAUAUAAAGUUGCGUAUAUCCUACCCUCCAAACCCCGCCUAUGUGGGAGUCACUAAUGGUAUUUUCCUAUAUCACUCUCGAUUUGCUGGCUGAUGCAUGAUAAGUUUAGACGAUUUCAA